AUGGCUGCUAGGCUAUUGGAUCGCACGCAAGAAGAAAAUGGAUCAAUGUACUAUAAAGGCGGUUUGAUUUCCGAUGUCACAUACCGCUUUUUUGACACAGGAUACUUGCUCACAACUUCAAUGUAUUGUCAGCAAAUCAAUCGAUGGAUUCCGAUUCAACUUAGCUGGAUACGUGGUUUGUCUGAGAAUUAUUACAAGAUUCACUUUGCAACUCUAUUCCGUCAAUUCAUGCGACCCGAAAUCCUAGAUGAGGAUCGGAAAGAUCUGGCCCGGAACAUUGUUGAUUUCUCCAAGGCUCAAUCAGAAGGAUUCAUAUCGGCAUACCUGGAAGUCUUUGGUGGGACCGACCGAGUUGAAGCACGUAACAAACUCAAAGGCUGUAAGCAGCAUUAUCGUGCCUCAAUCACCCGCAUCAAACGCAACCGUGCGGUUAUCAUGGCAGAUGAGGUUUCCGUCUUUGAAAGGAUGUGUGAAUCGUUGUUGGUUGCUUCAAAGGAGGGAAGCCCGACCCAUGAACAAAAGAUAGACGAGAUUCGACGCCGAUUCCCAAAGGUGAAGAAGUGGAUUGACUGGUGGACAAUGGCCGAUGUUGAAGCCAUGUUGUUUCCAAGCCGGAAUGGAAGGUUAGAAGAUAGCCCCAAUGAUCUCUCUGGCCUCCCAGAUACAACCAACGCUCAAGAAAGCAUGCACAGGGUGUACUACAUGUUGAGCAACGGUAAGAAGUCCUUGAUGAUCGGGUUGAUCGAACUCUUCGCUUUCGUGAAGGCCCUAGAGAGGGACUGGGAACAUGUCCGACGUGGAAUGACAAUAGCUUAUGGCUCCCUUCCAAGCAAGCAGGUAGAUGUGGCACAGUCCGUUGGCUGGACAAAGCUUAACAAGCGUCAAAAAUCUGCUGUCAACGAUGGACGACCCCCCGAUACAUCGGAACAGCUCCUUUCAGACUUGGAACGUGCACCCAAACGAGCAAAACUUGGCCGGCCGAAAAAUUCACCAAACAUUAUCAAGAACACACCAGCCACUUACACAUCGUAUGUUGCCUCAAAUCAGCCAAAAGCUCGUAAUCGGUGUUGGCUGGCUGCAGCCUUAGAGUCUUUGUAUGCUGUUUACAGCCCGCUCUGGCUGCAAGAACCUGGGGGAAAGAAGGAUGAUCUAUUUUUCUUUCUCAUCUCUCAUUUCACAUGUCGGACAACUUACGAGAUGACAAGAAGCACGCAAGUGCGAUCAAUCCUGACUCGAGGCUCCAACAAGCUCUUCAACGAGGUGCACAAACUUUUUCCAGAAAGCUUUGUCCAUGGCGAAUUUGCGUCUUUGGAUUUCUUUGUGGAAUUGAUGCUGGAUCCGACCCGAAACAAGUCAAAAAUGUUACCAAAACUGUUUCAGGUCGAAGAAAACCGCAAAUUCACCUGUACUUUCCACCCAGGUCAGCAGCAACAUCCUCGUGGAUCUCGUACCUUGAGUGUCAUCAAGAUAACCAAAUCAAUGUUUGACACAAACAACAUUCGGUAUUCAAACUUCAUUGACCUUUUCAAUCAAUGGACAAACGGUGGUCUUCUUGGAGUUUCUGGACUUCAGUGUCGCAAAUGCAUCAGCAAAUCACAUCAGGACGGCCAGCCGUCCCCCAACACACCCACGUUCCAAAGUUAUCUGAGUGAGCGAUCGACUCUAUCCUUUCUCGGCAAUACACCUCCGGCUCAUCUAUACUUCCAUGUUGAAGUGGCACCAAUCUUGUCAAGGGACACCCAACAGGAGAUCAUGGGUGGUGUCAAUUGGCCCUUCAAGCUCACAUUCAGAGGCGAAGAGUACACCUUGAUAUCACGUGGCUUUUGGACCGGCGCCCACUACUGGGGAAAGGUUUUACGGCAUUUCAACGGACUCACCGGUGUAUGGUUGCACGAUGACCACCUCAAUGGGGGGUUUGCCCAGUUGGUUAGCCAGGUUCCAGGAAGUAUCAGCGGUGCACACCCAGACACCAGCUCGUUAAUAUACUCUCGGUGCUGGACACCAACUGAGACUCAGUUUAUAGACAAUAGCAUUGUCAAGAUCAAGAGAGACAACCCUAAGGUUACCAUCUCCGACAUCCCAUUUGUGAACAUGCAAGCAGUGAUUUGUUCUGCAUUUGAUUCGGCAUUACCUCAUCUGACUGGCAAUCCGAUUCCACCCCCCGAGCCUGUGCCCUCCGUCAAGAUCACUUCACCGGACGAUGACUACAAACUAGACGGUAACCAGAUGGAAAUUGACUCUCAAGCCUGCAAAGAUGCGACACUUGAGCCGCCAUCUGAAAGGGGCUUGAAGAUUCGCAUCAAGAGGACCAAACCAACGAAUCAAGACUCCCUUGAUCUAGCGAUCCCGUUAGAUUCACAACUACUUCAUGUAUCUGGUGCACCAACGGUGUCUUUGACCCCAUCUCUCCCAAUUGAAGUCCCACCCAAGACCAUCCCUGCCACGACCCCAGCGAAGCGAACAAAGAAGACUCGAGUGCCGAAAGAGCUUCCAAAGAUCAAGAUUCAUCAAAAGGAAAAAUUCGUUCCAGCCCCUUUGACUAGUGCCGACUGGAACCGCCUUGCGAGUGUUAGUCGGGCCUAUUGGGACGAGCACUGGGAGGCGAAAGGGAUUAACGACUCCGCAGUGAAACCAGUUGCGAGCACCGCCAACGUGGAUUUGAAGUCACUACAUCGGCCGAAUAUCGGCCAAGCGGACCCGGUACCUGCGCCGGCUAGCAAGGCUGUAGCUCCGGGUUGUCAAGGGACCCGUAGAUCUUUGAGAAGGCGGGUGGCAUAG